UCAAUCAUCAUCACCUUUCUAUUCUAUCGUUCUCUCAAUUCUUAAAAUCUUUUUCAUCAAAUUGCUUCCAGAGAAAGAUAAAAAAAUGUCGACGAAGAUGAUCUUGUUGAAGAGCUCCGAUGGUAUCACGUUUGAGAUCGAAGAAGCUGCCGCACGUCGAAGCCAGGUCAUAGCUAACAUGAUUGAGGACGAUUGCGUGGGCGGAGGUAUCCCGCUUCCGAACGUGAAAGGCAAGAUUCUUGCGUUGGUGACCGAGUACUGCAAGAAGCACCCCGUCGUUGAUGCUAAUCCUUCCUCCGUUGAAGUAGUCAAGAAGCGGGAUAAUGCUAUUAAUCCUACCUCCGUUGAAGAUCUUAAGAAGUAGGAUGAACAGUUCUUGCUAGAAAUUGAUCCAUCCACCCUCUUUUAUCUCAUUCAUGCUGCGAAUUACCUAAGCAUCCAAAGCCUUCUUGACCUAACUUGACAAACUGCCGCGGAUAUGAUCAAAGACAAAACUCCUGUCCAGAUUCGUAAAGACUUCGGCAUUGAGAUUGGUUACACACCUGAGGAAGAAAAAGAUGUUCUUGAGAAGAAUAAAUGGGCUUUUGAUUGAGCCGAUUUUCCAAAAACUAUAAGCAGCUUUCUAUCUUCUUUAAUGUGUGUGUUUUUUUUUGUUUCAGUUUCUUGAUAAAUAAU